UCAUAGAGAUAGAUAUGUCUGUAUGUAUGCAAAUAAUAGUAUAAGACAUGUUUAAUGUAAUGAUAGUCAGAUUUAUUCGGAUAAAUGGUGUGGAUGCUUUUUGUGUUGGGACAUUGAUGAGUUAUUGUUUUAAAACUUUCGCAAGAUUGUGAAGUGAGAUCUCAAAUUUUAAGUUAAGACUUAAUCAAGUCAUUUUUAGUUUUUACUUACCACUUCCAUGAUAAUAUAAGGAGAAAAAAUGGAGGAACCUAAACAUGAUGAAAAACAAAAGAAAAAUCCAUUUGAUAGCAGUAAUAUUUUAUCAGAAUUAUUUUUCUGCUGGUUAUUGCCCUAUUUCGUGACCGGUUACAAAAGAGAGUUAACCGAAGAUGAUAUGUACAGCCACAGAAAAGUACACGAUUCGACCAGACUGGGAGAUCAAUUAGAAAAAUUAUGGACAAAAGAAACACUUCAUGCAAAGUCACCAUCCUUAUUAAGAUGUAUUAUAAGGACAUACUCCAUUCAGAUAACAGGCUUGAGCCUCUGUAUAUUAACAGCUGAAUGUUUGAAGACUCUUCAACCGCUUUUUAUUGCAAAAUUAAUGCGACUCUAUCAAUCAGUAGACUUUGAAGAAAAUAAAACCGAAAUCUACCUCUAUGCUUUACUUGUCGUUGGGAUCGCAUUUAUUAAUAUAAUUAUAUCACAUUUUUAUAACUUCCGAAUUGCUGAACUUGGAAUGGAAGUGAGAAUAUCCUGUUCGUCGCUAAUGUAUAGAAAGGCUCUAAAGUUAAGCAAAUUGGUUUUAGUCGACACUACAAUAGGAAAAAUGGUAAACCUUAUGUCAAACGAUGUUGGAAGAUUUGAUACAUGCUUUCAAUUCAUACAUCUUGUAUGGCUCGGGCCUAUAAUGGUGACCUUAGUAACUUAUUUGACAUAUUCGACAUAUGGAUGGAUGGGUGUCUCAGGAGUUUUGCUUCUGAUAGCAUCCAUGCCCAUGCAAAUGUUCUUGGGAAAGAAAAAUUCAGAAUUUCGUUUAGCUACUGCCCUUAAAACAGACGAACGAGUACGACUUAUGAACGAAAUAAUAAAUGGAAUUCAAGUUAUCAAAAUGUAUACUUGGGAAAAGCCAUUUACGAAAAUUGUGGAAGUUGCACGAUUGAACGAAAUCAAAUUCAUUAGGAUGAGCUCCUACAUUAAAGGAUUCUUAAUGUCAAUGAGUCUUAGCAACAGUAGAUGUUCGAUUGCACUAGCUGUUAUUACCUACGUUGCUACGGGAAAUACCCUAACAUCAACAUACGCAUACACCAUAGCAUCUUAUUAUCGAAUACUGGGCAUAGUUACCAUGUUUUUUCCUCAAUCAGUUUCACAGGUAUCAGAACUUCUGGCAUCUAUUCGUAGAAUUCAAGCAUUUCUUGUGUUAGACGAGAAAAAAAUGGGCCGAGUCAACAAAGCAUUUUUAAAUCUUUCAGAUUUAGACCCAAAAGGUCUUAAAAAAGAAACUAUGAUCAAUACAGGUUUUAAGUUACACCAAGUUUCCGCAAAAUGGGAUAGAUCUCACUCUGAGAUGAACUUGGAGAAAAUUUCAAUGGACGUAUCUUCGAAAAGUUUGGUGGCCGUUGUAGGAGCAGUAGGUAGUGGAAAAUCAUCACUAUUUCAAGUAAUUCUUCAAGAAUUAGAACCUUCAGAGGGUUACAUUGAAGUGAAUGGAAAAAUAUCAUUUGCAUCACAAGAACCGUGGUUGUUUGGUGGCACCAUUAGGCAAAAUAUUCUCUUUGGACAACCCUACGACAAACAGAGGUACGAAGAAGUACUCAUGGUAUGUGCUUUACAAAGAGAUUUAACUCUUUUACCAUAUGGUGAUAAAACGCGAAUAGGUGAGAGAGGAAUUACUCUUAGUGGAGGGCAAAGAUCUAGAAUAAAUUUAGCUAGAGCAAUAUAUAAAGAAGCAGAUAUAUAUCUUCUUGAUGAUCCGCUGUCCGCGGUAGAUACUCAUGUUGGAAAACAUUUGUUUGAAGAAUGCAUUUGUAGAUUUUUAGCUGACAAAUGUGUGGUUCUAGUCACACAUCAAUUGCAAUAUUUAAAAACUGUAGCAAAUAUUAUUUUGCUGGAGAAUGGCAUGGUAAGGGCAUCAGGUUCAUACGAAGAUAUUAUAAAAUCGAAUAGUAUAUUUACCAAACUCCUAGAAAAUCUAGAAAAAGAGGAAGAAGAUGAAAAGAAUCAGAAACACGUUAAAAAUAAACUAUAUAUCGAAAACCAGGGAGAAAAAGAAGCUCCUGCUUUAAUAAAAGAAGAGAAGGGUGUAGGGAAAGUUACUACUUACGUUUAUAUGAAUUAUAUUAGAGCUGGUGGAAACUUAUGUAAAGUUGUAAUACUACUCUUAGCUUUUAUUCUGAGUCAGGUUCUCGACACUUCUUCAGAAUAUUUUGUAACAAUAUGGGUUAAUAUUGAGCAGUGGGUGAUACAAACAUAUAAUUCAACAACAGUUUUGGACAAAUCCAACCAAUCUUCCACGGUAAUUGCUAAUCCAUACGACUUGACACAGGAUCACUGGUUGACCUCUUUCUUUACCGGAAAUAUUACUGUAUAUGUGUAUGCGACUUUUGUUUUAUUAUUGCUUAUAGUCACUUACACACGUUCAAUAUUUUUCUACAGAUGGGGUCUGUCUUCUUCUAUAGUUAUGCAUAAUAAAAUGUUUGACAACAUCAUAUACAGUCCUAUGCAUUUCUUUAAUAAUAAUCCGUCUGGGAGAAUUUUGAAUAGAUUUUCCAAAGAUAUUGGAAUUGUAGAUGAGGUGUUACCAACUACUAUUUUGGACACACUUCAGAUCGGUUUAUCAGUAUUAUCCAUAUGUCUCAUAAUUGGAACUUUAAGUCCUUGGAUGCUAAUACCGACUAUAAUAGUAUUAGUAAUAUUUUAUUUUAUGAGGUUUAUAUUCUUGGAGACCAGCCGAGAUGUCAAGAGAGUGGAAUCGAUCAACCGUAGUCCUGUAUAUUCCCAUCUGACGGCAUCUCUUCAAGGUCUAACUACGAUAAGAGCAUUUAAAGCACAAGAUAUAUUGGCUGUGGAAUUUGACAAUCUGCAAAAUAUUCAUAGCGCAGCAUUUUUUAUGUAUCUAGGGGCCACUAGAACUUUUGCCUUCUGGUUAGACUUUUUCUGUGUGGUUUAUAUUGGGCUAGUUUUAGUUGCUCUUUUGGUUGUAAAAGAAGAAAAAUUUGGUGGAAAUGUUGGGUUGGCUUUAACUCAAUCCAUGAGUCUCACGGGAAUGUUCCAGUAUGGUAUAAGGCAGUGGAGUGAAUUAGAAAACCAAAUGACUUCAGUAGAGAGGGUCCAAGAAUAUGCAGAUCUAACGAAAGAAAUUGACGAAGGUGUAGAUCCGCCUAAAACUUGGCCAGAACAAGGGCAAAUUGUUUUUAACAAAUUAUCUCUCGGGUACUCCAAGACGUUACCUUUGGUUCUAAAGAAUCUUAGUUUUAUUGUUAACCCGAAGGAAAAGAUUGGCAUCGUCGGAAGAACUGGAGCUGGAAAAUCCUCUAUUAUUCAAGCAAUGUUUCGGUUGACUUUUACGGAAGGUAGCAUUAUUAUUGAUGGUAUUGAUUCAAAAUUGAUCCCAUUACGUAAAAUGAGGUCAAAGAUAUCCAUUAUACCUCAAGAACCAGUACUGUUUUCUGGUACAGUUAGGUAUAACUUGGAUCCAUUUAACGAAUAUCCUGAUGAGAUAUUAUGGAAGGCUCUGGAAGAUACAGAGCUUAAAUAUGUUGUAAGUGACCUUCCGGAAGGCCUAGAUAAUAAAAUGGCAGAAGGUGGAAUAAAUUUUAGUGUAGGACAACGUCAGUUAUUUUGUUUAGCUAGAGCCAUAGUUCGCCAAAACAAAAUAUUAAUUUUAGAUGAAGCUACAGCUAAUGUUGAUCUUCAUACAGAUGGACUCAUUCAAAAAACUAUAAGGAAGAAAUUUGCAGACUGCACAGUGAUAACUGUGGCACAUAGGUUGCAUACGAUUAUGGAUUCAGAUAAAGUAUUGGUUAUGGACGCUGGAGAAAUCCUAGAAUAUGACAGUCCUUAUAUUCUUUUACAAAACACAAAUGGUGUUUUCUAUUCCUUACUGAUGCAGACCGGCACAAAUACAGCUCAGAACCUAAUAGAAAUUGCCAAUAAAGCUUAUAUGCUAAGUCAAGCCGCGAAUGCAAGUAGCUGAAUAUUUCCUUCAUGUUUUUAAUUGGUGUUUGUAAAAAAAUGUAAUUUAUAUUUAUGUAAAAUUAUAAUUUCUUUUAAAUUA